AUGACUGCAGAAUCUGAAACAACCACUGAGAGAGAAACAUCGGCUCCCACAACAGCAGCCUUGACAACAACUGGAGCAACAACCCUGACAACAUCUGCAGCAACAAGUGAAACAUUAACACCUGCUGGAGUGACAACAGAGGAAGUUACGACUGAAACAACAGCUCUAGCCACUAGUGCAGCAUCUGAAUUAACCACUGAGACAGAAACAUCAGCUCCCACCACAACAGCAGCCCCGACGACAUCUGCAGCAACAAGUGAAACAUCAACUCCUGAUGCUGUGGCAACUGGGGCAGGAACGACUGAAACAACAGCUGGAGCCACGACCGCAGAAUCUGAAACAACCACCGAGACAGAAACAUCGGCUCCCACAACAACAGCAGCCCUGACAACAUCUGCAGCAUUAAGUGAAACAUUAACACCUACUGGAGUGACAACAGGGGAAGCUACGACUGAAACAACAGCUGGAGCCACGACUGCAGAAUCUGAAACAACCACUGAGACAGAAACAUCGACUCCCCCAACAACAGCAGCCCUGACGACAUCUGCAGCAACAAGUGAAACAUCAACUCCUGAUGGGGUGGCAACUGGGGCAGGAACGACUGAAACAACAGCUGGAGCCACGACUGCAGAAUCUGAAACAACCACUGCGACAGAAACAUCAGCUCCCACAACAACAGAAGCCCUGACAACAUCUGCACCAACGAGUGAAACAUUAACACCCGCUGGAGUGGCAACAGAGGAAGCUACUACUGAAACAACAGCUCUCGCCACGACCGCAGCCUCAAAAUCAAUAGUUCAGACAACUGUGGAAACAUUGGCUCUCACAGCGACAACAGCCCUGACAACAUCGGCAGCAACAAGUGAAAUAUCAAUGCCUACUGGGUCGACAAGUGGGACUGCAACUGUUGAAACAACAGCUGGAGCCACGACUGCUGAAUCAGAAACAACGCGUCAGACAACUAUACAAACAUCGGCUCCCACCACAACAGCAACCUUGACAACAUCAUUAGCAAGCAGUGAAACAUUCACACCUUCUGUCCCAUCUGUGCUGACGAGUGGAACAACAGCAACGUCUGUUACAACCGCCGAAACAACUGCGCCCACCACAGAGUUUAUGUCAACUCCGGAGUCAACUGGGCCAACAUCACGUUCUACAAGCGCAGCAGUGCCAGCAGCAUCCGAGACGGCAUCACCUGCUCUGACAACAAUGGCCGUUGGAGCCACCACAACAGAAUCGGCAACACCUGUUGAAACAACUGUGCAAACAUUACUGCCAACAACAGCGGCGUCCCCGGCAUCUGAGGCGACAAGUGUACCAACAUCAACCGCAGCCACAACAUCAGAACCUGCUCCCCCAACGGCAGCAGGAACAACAACAAGAACAACUGGACAACCAUUAACUGCAACAACAGGGACACCUCAUCCCACACCUUCAGAAACAUCAACAGCUGGAUUUGCAUCUGUCGCAACAUCUCGAAUCACGGCGACACCUGAUCUGACAACAACAAAAGCAAUCACUCUCGCAAAAACAUCUACAGAAUCAGUCCGAACAACAGCAACUGCAUUGCUGACAACCGCGGAAGGUGCGAAAGGGACCACAACGAUAACAUCACCGCCCACCGCAGCAGUGACGGGAACUCCAGCACAAGUGUCAACCACAGCAACACUUCCCGAAACUAAAUCCACCACGGGAAAUGCAGCGACAAAUUCCACGACAAGAAAUGCCAUAACAAAUUCUGCCACAAAAAACACGACAAAUUCUGUCACAGGAAUUUCAGCGACAAAUCCAAAGACAGGGAAUGCUGCGACAAAUCCCACAACAGGAAAUGCUGCCGCAACGGGAAUUUUCACCACAACCGUGCCAGGAGCAACACAUGUGGCCACUACGACGACGGCAACUGCCGUUACCAUAAUAACUCGGCGAGUUUCUUUCCGAUCUCUUCAGAGCACAUUUACGAAUGACCUGCUGAAUCAGUCGUCUUCCCAGUUCAUGUUUCGAUCGACCAUGAUAAAAAGCCAGCUCCAACCAUUAUUCCAAAGGGCAUUUCCUUCCAUCUUCAGGAUCCUGAUUGUCAUCGGAUUCAGACAUGGCUCAGUCAUCAACGAUAUGGACCUCCAGUUUAACAACAUAGCGCCGAACAACACGGCAAUUUCCGAGGUCCUGAUUGACGCCGCCUCGGUUGUCAGCGGCUUUGACAUCGAGCAAAGUUCCAUCACCGUCGAAGGAAUUGUUACGAGCGGAGCGAGCCGCAAGACCAGCCUGGUCAGCGCAUCCUGUCUGGCGGCUCUUUCGUGGAUCCUGUCCACACAGCAAUAAAGUGUCAGCACUGAUCAAGUCACAUUCAGCACUGCUAUCAAUUUUAUUUAAUUUCUAUUUAAAUGCAAAAAUUCCAUCAAUGACUGAAAAAUGACUUAUUUUUCCUGAAGUGGGGAGUCAGCCCCCAACUCCGCUUUCUCUUGACAUGCUAGUCAGUAGGCAGGCCGACACGGAUUGUCAGCCAUUUUGGAUUGAAGCGGCCAUUUUAGGCUUGUUUAGCUAUUUCCAGCGGACAUUCACUGAGCCAGAUCAAAUGACGGUGGUCCCACCCUAAGGAAUUCAUCAGCGCCCCUUACUGGCAGUCAUCAAUGAAAAGACAUCUUCCUCCCCAACUUGCAGUUUUAAUUAUUUCAUUCUACCACAGGGUUUCAAACCAGAUAUGCACUUUCAGAGGUAUUUUUGUGGUUAUGAAAUUGUCAUUUUAAUAUAUUCUAUUUAAUGCACAAUGACCAUGGUUAUUAUUUAUCGAAUAAGGACAAUGCAAUGUCAUUCAUGUAUGCAUCUAAUGCCGUGAGACCCAACAAUAAAAAAAAAGGUGUUUUCGA